AUGACGUAUACAGAUUUUGAAAAAACAGAAUUGUUGAUUUUUGAAGUCCAAAAGCAUAAUGUGUUAUGGAACAAAAAGCAUAAAAAAUACAAAGAUAGGCUUGUAGGAGCCAAAGCAUGGGCAGAGGUUUCAAAAGCUACAGGAAUAACUGCCAAUGAAGCGAAAAAAAGGUGGCGAAAUUUAAGGGAUCAGUUUAAAAAAGAACUAAAAAAAGUAAAAAAACCGAGAUCAGGAUCGUCUCAAGAUGGCCAAGAAAAAUACCACGGGAAAUGGUCUUAUUUUAUGCCUAUGCAAUUUUUGAAAGACAUAGAGACACCUAGAAAUACGUCGGGUACAUUUUCUAAUGAUGACGACGACGAUGAUAUUGAGGUAGGGCGUUCAUACGAACAUAAAUCAGAUUCUAAUGGAGACACAGAAGAUGAGGAAGAUAUUGAUAAGGAUACGACACAUAGUAUUGAAGGUAUGGAUUCAUUAGUACCUCAGAAUGACGCACAAACACAAAUGACGAGAAAUAAUUCUCCUAUUGCCGAGUUAAACAGCUCAAAGAGUGCAAAAACAAGUGGACAAAAAAAAAUGAAAAAAAAGGAGGAUGAAAUAAGUUUCGAACAACAAUUACUGCAACUCGAAAAAACAAAAAUUGAAGCUUUUAUUGACUCAUCACGGAAUGCAGUAAAAGACGACGAGGACAUGUAUUUUUUAAAAUCAAUUCACCCUUAUUUCGGUAACAUGACUCCAUUACAAAAAUUAAGAGUAAGAACACAAAUUCAAGAGGUUAUCAUGAGAGAACUGUCUGUACCAUCAUCUCAACCUAUGAAUAACAAUUUAACUUAUUCUUAUCAAUAUCCAAUACCUGUACAACCCAUGCAAUCAUCACAACCUAUUCCAUUCCCACCCAUUCAUCAUCCUAUGCAAUCUUUAGCGACUGAACAGUCUUUAUCACUACAAACUGAUCCACCAAAUUAUAACACAUAA